GUCGACCAUCGUUCGCCUGGCUUGGCUCGCACGGCCUGUUCGGCGUGGAGACAAAGACUUCAUCAAUAGAAUGGCCCAGCCUAGCGACGGAAAUUCGUCUCAAAUAACGGAAAGCGCUUGUCCAAAGCUAAAUGCUGCGAUAUCCGAGUUUGAGAAGUUGACGGAGAAACACCGUUUGUUUACAAGUAGCAACUCGUAUUCGACCGACGAUACAAAAUCAAAGAUAGCUUUUCGGGAGUACGGCGAUGAACUUAUUUCUUGUUUAAGUGUUAUGAGAAGGCUUAUGGAAGAAGCCGAAAGCGAGAAUAGACAGCUAAAACAGGAAAAGUUCUUAAUAUCGACAAAAAUCGGCAGCGCUUUGGGGGCUGUGAAUCGAGAGGUCGAACAACUACGAGUUGAGCUACAGAAACAAGACCGUCGCUUGAUCGAGCUUAAUUCUCAAGGCAAUAUGAAGGAUAUUUCUGCAGAUUUUGCGGAAGAGUUACGGCAGACUAAAGCAGAGAAGGCUGAAAUACAAGCCAAGUACGAAGCACUAAACUCUACUUAUCAAGAGCUGACCGAAAAGUCGAAGAACUGUGAUCGACUGGGUGAACAAGUUCGUUCGUACAAGGACGAUAUCACUCGUGCGAACGAGACGAUAAACGUUAUCAACAUCGAAAGAAGACGUUUGAAAUCUGAAAAACAGAAAUUGCUGGGGCAGUUGAGAGAAGCUUAUUGUAUUAUAGAUGACAAAGAGGGCGAAUUGAGAGAUUUUAUCAAGAAUUACGAAGAGCGAAUGCGUGAGUCUGAGCAACAAGUCGAAAGUAUUGCGAAUGAGAAGCAAAAAUGGAUGGAAGAAAAGCGAUUGAUGACCAGCACAACUCCGACGCAAUUCACACAACUAAAGCGACAACUAGACGACAAAGACCGCCAACUAAACGAACUACACACCGAGCUGGCAGGAGUCAAAGAUCAACUCGCGAAAUUACAACAAACUUUGAGCUACCCCGUUCCAAAAUCGGACCAGCAACAAGUCAAACGCUUGCCCGUCCCGUCCAUAAGAAUUCACGAUUCUGGUCUGCAAUCUGCCUCAGAAGGCCUUACCACCGAAGAUUCUUUGGCUACGAGUAUUGUCUCAGGACCGGAGACUCCCACGAGUGAUUUUGUUCUUUCGAACUCCGAGGUUUAUACCAAUCAUGCAACCGAGGCUGACGAUCUGACGUAUUACAAGAAACGAAGGAGGUACGGCCGUUUGGGAUUGGUACGAGUGUUCAGUCGUGGAAAAAAGAAGUCCGUAGACUUAAGGGGACGUCGCCCUCUGUCAUCUCUAAGCAGCGAUGGUGAUAAUGAUGUAUCGGACUUGGCCCAGAUAUGGCAGUCGCACAAAACUAUCCCUAUUUCGCAAUGGAAAUCCCCAGCCGUCAUUGCCUUCCUACAUGUACACUUGCAAAUGCCUAUGUACACAGAUCGUUGUAUGGAAAACGUCAAGAGUGGAAAGAUCUUGGCUGAUAUGAGCGACACUGAACUUUCCAAAUCAUUAGGGAUUAUCAGUUAUAUCCAUCGCAGAAAGAUAAGACUAGCAAUUGAAGACUUUCGCCAUCCCGCUUCGGUGAAAUAUCCCAAGAUGGGGGACGUUGAUCAUCAUUACGUCGCUCAUGAUUGGUUGACUCACAUUGGUCUUAGCCAAUACGCUUUCACGUUUGAGACCCAGAUGGUCGACGGCCGUUUGCUUAGCACUAUGACGCGCAAAGAUAUUGAAAAGUACUUGAACAUUACUUCCAAACCUCAUCAGGAUAGCAUCUUGUUUGGUGUUGAACUUCUUAAGCAUCUGGGAUUUGAUAGAGAGGUUCUUGCAAAACGAAAGGAAAAAUGCGAUGAAUACGAUCACGACCCCAUUGUCUGGAGUAAUGAACGAGUUAUUCGAUGGUGUGAAUCCAUUAACUUGAAGGAGUACUCCAAUAACUUACGUUCCAGUGGUGUUUUUGGUGGACUUCUGGUUCUGAAUCACUCAUUCGGACCUGAGGAACUUGCUUUGUGUUUGAAUAUUCCUGCGGAGAAAACGGCCGUCAGGAAGCACUUGAUUGGGGAGCUGUCAUCUUUGAUGAUUAACGCCAGGGCUGGCAUGGGCGUUAAGUUUCGUGGAAGCACGAGACGAAGUCUUCGUGGAAGAUCAAAGAGCUUUCACCGCCAUAGUCGUCGCACUGGAGAGUAUGACGUCAGCAACGAUGAUGAAGUUAAUAGGUUAUUGGAACCAAGCAGGCGUACCCAGGACGCCCUGAAUGUGUCCCCGAACAUUUCACCAAAGCGAAAUGUUACUGCCAGGCGGUCUCUUAUUGAACGACCGAAAUCAACUGAUUGUGAACGGAAUUUGGUUGAAUAGUUAUCUAUAGGUGAAUAGAAAAUGCGCGACAAGGUAGGAAGGCGCGAUAAGGUUCGGUGCUGUCUUUCACAAACGUAUGCAUACUUGCAAGGUUCUUUUUAACACAUCCAGAAACGCGCACGCGCGCGCUUUGAGGGUUUGCAUAUAAUGAACCCAGAAGCAUUUUGAUUGGAUGAAAACGGUCGGAGCGUGGUACUGUUUGCGACGAAUGAAAAAGAGCCUUGAGAAUGAAUGAACGUUAACCACGACACUGGGAAUGGUUGGUCAGAUCGCUGGUUCUGGAUCAACCUGACCAACUUCGUCCCCAGGGUUUUCCCAAUGGCGGAAGCCUGGGUACGAAGCUGGCUAUGCCCUACGAGAUUGACAAACAAUGGCUGCACUUAGACUUAGUUGAUUUAUUUUGUAUUUAAGCAAGAAUUAUUGCGCGCCACAUUCGAAUCAAAUUUGAUAAAAAUAGAAUAAUGCAAUCCGGAAGAAAGACUUCACAUAAUUAGUUGUCAUGCUGAAUUUAUCAGUUAGUUUUUAUAUUCUAGAGGAAACUUAAAUUUAGACCAUUCUCCAGCCUCGUACCAAUGCGCUUUAUUGGAAGACAAAGAAUUGUAUUCAGUUUUUUAGAGAUCAGUAGGGCAGCCACACACACUUGCUAUUCUCAGCUACUGAUCUCUAUAAGAAAUGCCAUCUUUGUCUUCCAAUGAAGCGCUUGGAGACAAGGCUGAUUUUGGGCCGACACUUAAUCGGUGCAUAUUCAUAUAUUCGUCCUAUGCUUGACUGAUUUCAUUCGAUCGCGAAAGCGGUUGUUUUUACGGUAUGUGAAAAUGAAUACAUAAAUGUGCACCAAAUCGAGGAUGGCCCUGGUCCUAUUGACAAGUAUUUAUAGCGUUGGACGAUCCCUUUGAUGUUUUUAAUGUUAUGAAUAAUGUUCAAUAUGAAAAUGUUUAAAUAAAUUGACAUUCUAUUUUUGAAAAAAGAUUAAUGGUGAGAGGGUGACUCCCAGGCCAGGUAAACAGUUUAAUUUGAGAUUCAAUUUUAAAGAGGACAUUACU